AUGAAAAUCACUUUCACAGGUUUGGCCAGUUUUGUGGCCAUCUUUGGUGUCCUCAGCUUUGUAAGUCUCGUUCUGGCAAUUGGAACCGAUUUUUGGUACAUCAUUGACACUUCUAAGAGAGAAAACAGCUCAUCGGUGUCUCUGAGCUCACAUUCUGGACUGUGGAGGACUUGUAACUUUCAUAACCAAUGCUGGACAUUUAUGAAUCCUUUUGGAACAGGAAGAAACUUAUCAGAAUCGCAAAGGCAGAUACUAAACAUGCAAGGAACGUUCAUCGUCCUGCUGCCUCUCAGUGUGAUCGUGCUGUUUAUCGGAGGAAUGCUGGGCUUCAUCAGUAUGUUGGCACGAGCCUACCUGCUGCUCCUCCUGACCGGAGUGCUGCUUCUGUUCGGUGCUGUGCUCUCAGUGGCUGGAAUUUGUGUCUACAUGGCUUACUCUGCGGCUGCCUUCAAAGAGGCUGUGGGCAACUCUGGCCACAAAACCCUGGAGGACAUUGAGAUUUACUUUGGCUGGUCUCUAAUUCUAGCCUCUGUUUCUUUUGUUGGAGAACUCUGUACCGCCGUGGCGUUCCUGCUUACCUCAGCCAGAGUGAGCCAGCUGACCAAUCAGGAAGAACAUGAAUACUGA